AUUUCGAAAAUUACUUGCAUACACACACACAUAUGUAUUUUAUGUUGAAGAAAAACAAAAGAGAGGCCCUUUUAUUUUUGGUGCAUCGGAAUACGGAUUAAAUGAUACGCAAAUUCUGUAGUGCUUCUAUUGCUCAGGAUACUCGUGUCAGCUGUUUUUGACAAUUUCUAUGCCUACAUAAAUAAUUUUCUCAGACAUAUAAUACGAUUAAGAAAGCAAAACUAUUCCCAGCAUGACGAGCAAACAUAUUUAUUCAACAACAAAUUUAUCUGACCUGCAAUUGAAGGAACAGGGCAAUUGUUUAUUUGCAGCUCGCAAAUAUGACGAUGCGAUUAUAUGUUACUCCAAGGCCAUUAUUAAAAAUCCCACAAAUGCAACAUAUUUUACAAACCGUGCCCUUUGCAAUCUGAAGCUGAAGCGUUGGGAGCUAUGCUGUCAGGAUUGCCGGCGAGCUUUGGAUAUAGAUGGAAAUUUGCUAAAGGGACAUUUUUUCUUGGGACAGGGCCUUAUGGAGAUAGAUAAUUAUGAUGAAGCAAUAAAGCAUCUUCAACGAGCCUAUGAUUUGUCAAAGGAGCAAAAACAGAACUUCGGAGAUGAUAUAACAUUGCAGUUGAGACUGGCACGCAAAAAGCGUUGGAACGUUCUAGAGGAAAAACGAAUACACCAAGAAAUUGAGCUGCAGAGUUAUUUGAAUCGCUUGAUCAAAGAUGAUAUGGAAAACCGUCUAGCCAGCUUAAAGUUGAAUGAAAACUUGAAUGAGGAACACCUAAAGGAUAAACAGCAGGAAAUUGAACAAGAAUGUGAUGAUCACAUCCAAGAGCUUAACAACAUAUUCGCAAAAGUGGAUGAACGCCGAAGGAAACGUGAUGUGCCGGAUUUCCUAUGUGGAAAAAUAAGCUUCGAGAUUUUAACUGACCCUGUGAUCACCCCAUCUGGUAUCACCUAUGAGCGGAAGGACAUUGAGGAGCAUUUGCAGCGUGUUGGCCAUUUUGAUCCUGUUACACGAGUCAAACUCACGCAAGACCAGUUAAUACCAAACUUUUCAAUGAAGGAGGUAGUUGACUCAUUUAUUGCCGACAAUGAAUGGUCUUUAGAUUAUUAAAUUGUUGUUUUUUUGUAAUUAUAAACAACACAAAAGAUAUAUAUAUUGUAAUA